UGGUCUUUUAUUAGACUAGUCAGAGUAAACAUCCUUCUAAGACUUUGGACCUUUAAGAAUCAACUCAGCACCGAACCAAAACUAUUUACAAGAAUUCAACAUUUUUCGUUCUGUAGGGCUUACUCAUUUGAAACUAAGAUAAGAUGCGUAGUUGAAUGGUUAUAUCUACCUGCUUAUACAGUAUCUAUAUUAAAUUAUUUCCUCAGCUGCUUCAUCGUCAUGGCUCGGCUAGUUCUUCCAGUUCUCUUGCUUAUAUUCACUUUGCUUUCAUGUAUCUACGGCGCCCCUGUUUUACACCAAGCACCUCCGCAGAAGAUUGACACAUUACCAUCUCAUAUUACCAAGGGAGAUGUGAUGUUACUCAAAGAAAAGUUGGAGGAACUUGAAGCUGAUUUAGAUCAGCUUAAACCCAAGGUUCCGAGUGAGACGACGGGUAAUGAAGAAGAAGAAGACGAUGUUGAAGCAGUCGAUGACACUAACGACGAAGCAGUUGAAACCCGACCAGACAUUUCAGCAUCAAUCCAAAACCAACCACAACCAAACCAACAUAAUGGACCAGCUGAAGAAGAAGUGGAAUCCGAACCCGUGGUUGAACAGACACAGCAGGUAGAGGAAGAAGGAUUUGUUGGAGAAGAAGGAAGUCAAGAAGAGGUGGGUGGAGAAUGGGAAGAAGAAGAGGCUGUGCAUGAGGGUAUCCUGCCGUAUCCCCAGGAUGAUGACAUAUAUCUAAGGAAACUUAUCGUUCAGGCUCUAACAGUUCUUUAUAGAAAGGAUGCUGAACGAAUUGAAAGAAUGCUUCAAAAAUAUGAGAAACAAUUGCUAGAUGAUGACGUCUUUUCAGAAAAUAUCGUUCCUGCACCCCAAGAUCUGCAGCCUAAUCCGGGACAGAAAAUGGAGGCCAGUGCCAUCGGAGUCCAGCCAUUUACAAACGAAGAACUUCACCAACAGGAAAUUUUAGACGCUAUGGCGGCAAAGAAAAGACAAGACAUAGACACAGCUGAACACACCCUUCUUGUUGAUAUGCAAACAUUCGAAGGGGAAGGGAUAACUCUGGAUGAUCUCCUGAAGGAUCUUGCAGAAAAGAAGAACAAUCAACAGAGUCAGCAGUUGCCUAUGGGACCAAGAAAUGUGGACAUUGAGGAAGAAGGAGAGGCAAUGUUUGGUGAAUACAAAGAAGAGCCCGAAGUCAACAACGACGGAGCUAUCGAUGAAGACCCUGCACUCUCCCUUCAGGAGCUACUGAAUACCGACAAUGAAGGCGUCGUCGACAUUGGACACGAAUACGAUGAAAGUGAGGAGAAUGCCGAUGAUUUGCUCAUGGAACUCAUAUCAAACUUGAACGCAUCACUGAAAAAAUUGAAAGAGCAAAAGGCAGAAUUACCGAAAUAAUGACUUGAUUUGUGAAAUAGGCAUUUUAGAAUUCGCAAGUAAUAUUAGACUGUUGUUGUGAAUUUAAAGCUGUUUAUAAUAGAGACUGUCAAAUCAGGCUUAUGAAAUAUUAGAUUAAACCUCAGCAGUUUUACAGUUACGAACAAGAAAAAGAAGUGGAACCGGCGUUCACUGUGAUAAAAAUGAUAAAUCUUGAAUCAUGUUGACAAGAUGUUUAAAACUUGAAGCAAUUAUUUGACAUUAUAUUUUUGCCCACGAAAAGCCAGUAAAUCUUUAAAUUACGUCUUGUACAACAGGAGUCUUCCCCCUUCUCCACCAUGCAUGACCACGAUUUAAAUAUCGCUUCCACGUACUCUCUUUCCGCCUUCCAUUUUAAGAGGAGGGGGGGGCAGACUUAUAGGUGUUCCCCCUGUAUCCACAAGCAUGAAAGAUUAUUUCAAGAAAAAAAUCAACUACCCACUUUCUCAAUGAUUUUUGUUUGUUGUUAAAAUUUACAUUUUAUUCAACUUCACUUCACUUCAUAAGACUCCUUAAAUGCUUGUUAUUAAUGAAACAGAACUGAAGAAAACAUUACACGAUGACAUCAAAAUGUAAAAUAAAAAAUAAUGGAUUAAAAUCAUGAGCUGAUUAUAUCAGACUUUAUUGGUAUGGAAGAUUCCAUUGGAUUAUUCUCUUAUAUGAUACGGAUAGUGACUGAUUAAUUAUUAAUCCAAAGGUACAAAAUCGUUCUAAUAUGUUCCUGUUGCGAUUCAGUUUCCAGAAAUGUUAGGGCAAAUGAAAAGCCCGGAUGCAAAACAGUAUGUAGCACUUGCGCGUGUUGUUUCUCUUGUUUUAUAAUAACUUAUUUAACGAAAGUAAAGAAGUUUUGUUUUCUGAAUAAACACAUU